GACGUGUCGCCAUGACAACAGAAGCAGGCUCUGAGACGGAGGUGAAGGAGAAAGCCGAGGAGUCAGCUGCUCAGCCGGACCAAUCGGAGAAGGCCGCGGAGGAAACCAAGGAAGUAGCGAACGCCGAGGGAGAGGAGAAGGAGAAGGAGAAGGAGAAAGAGGGGAAGGAGGGCAAAGGGAUAUCUCGGUACCUGCCGACAUGGCUUAAGAAGCAGAAGUCUCAGACCUCCCCGACGAAGGAGGCCCCGCCCACAGAGGAGCCCGUCGCCAAGGUGACGCAGGGAGAGGAGGGGCCUGUCCCGGAAGUGAACGGCCACGCGGAGGAAGUGGACGAGAAGGAGGACGUGAAGUCGGAGCAAGUGAAGGAGAAGGAGGCGGAGUCUCAUUCCAACGCCAGCGCAGACACUGAGCCUGCCAAGGAGGAGAAGGCGGACGAGAGCGCAGAGAGAAGUCCGGAGGAAACCAAGAGGGAGGCGACAGAAGGAGAAGGAGCCGAGGAGGAGGAGACGAAGAAGGAGCAGGAAGGAGAGAAGGAGGCCGAAGGAGGAGGAGAAGCAGGAGGAGAAGACGACGGAGAAGGCCAGACCUCCAUUUUUCAGUCUCCUCUUCGCCUGGUGAGGAAGAACAAGAUGAAGCUGGUGGUUUGUCACGUGACCCUGCUGGACGGCACCGACUUCAGCUGCGAGGUGGAGAAACGUGCAAAGGGUCAGUUCUUAUUCUUCAAGGUGUGCGAGCAUCUCAACUUACUGGAGAAAGACUACUUCGGUCUGACGUACAAGGACAGCCACGAACAGAAGUGUUGGUUGGAUCCCACGAAGGAAAUCAAGAGACAGAUACGCAGUAACAACUGGCAGUUUGCGUUCAACGUCAAGUUCUACCCUCCCGACCCCUCGCUGCUCACCGAGGACAUCACCAGGUACCUUUUGUGUCUGCAGCUCCGCGAAGACGUCGCCUCCGGACGGCUGCCGUGUUCGUUCGUCACUCACGCUCUGCUGGGCUCGUACACGCUGCAGGCGGAGUUUGGCGACUAUGAGCCCGACCAGCCUCGCCCUCUGGACCACAUCGGUCAGCUGACCUUUGCGCCCAAUCAGAACAAAGAGAUGGAGGAGAAGAUUCUUGAACUCCACAAAUCCCACAGGGGAAUGACACCAGCUCAGGCCGACGCCCAGUUUCUAGAAAACGCCAAGAAGCUGUCGAUGUACGGCGUGGACCUGCAUCACGCCAAGGACUCGGAGGGCGUGGACAUCAUGCUAGGUGUGUGCGCCAACGGCCUCCUCGUCUACAAAGACAGACUGCGGAUAAACCGCUUCGCUUGGCCCAAAAUACUCAAGAUCUCAUACAAGAGGAACAACUUCUACAUAAAGAUCAGACCAGGAGAGACGGAGCAGUUUGAGAGCACGGUGGGAUUCAAACUCCAGAACCAUCGAUCUGCCAAAAAGCUGUGGAAAGUCUGUGUGGAGAAUCACAGUUUCUUCAGGUUAAACGCCCCAGAGCCUCCCACCAAGGCCCGGUUCUUGACUUUGGGCUCCAAGUUCCGCUACAGCGGACGGACCCAGGCCCAGACCCGCAUGGCGAGCUCCCUCAUCGACCGGCCGGCGCCCAACUUCGAGCGCACCUCGUCGAAGCGCAUCAGCCGCAGCUUGGACGGAGCUCCGGUCAUCAGCAUCACCGAGGCCGGCAGGGACACGGCCGAGAACGGACGAGAGCCACAUCUGGAGCUGCAGUCGGACUCCAAGGAGGCGGACUUAAGCCCCGGCGAUGCGGACGCCGUCCCCUCCCAGUCACCUGGACGCAGCGAGCUCGCUCAGGACCAUGAUAAGACCCAGGACGAGGUUCUGAAACACCAAGCUAGCAUUAGCCAGCUAAAACGCUCCUUUAUGGAGGCGCCACCUCCCUCUCCUCCUCAGCCCAACCAGUGGGAGAAACGCCUCACCUCCUCUCCUGCCACAACGAUACGUGUUCAGCAGCAACAAGUGGUGGUCGAGCCCCAAACAGAAGCAGCUCCGGCCGAUAGCUCGAUCUCUGACACCAAAGAACCGGCCAAGACGACCGAAGUCGAAAUCGAGGAAACCGUUGUCGUCCAGGAGGUUUCCAGGGCGGCCAAACCUGGCGUUGUCACGGUUACAGCCGGUCCUCCUGCAGCAGAGCAGGAAACCAGGAAGCCGGAAGUCAGAGUGGAGGAGGCGCAGCUGGAGGAGGAUGUAGGGGUAAAGGAGGAGGAAGAGGAGGAGGAGGCGAGGAAGACGACGACGACGACGAAGCAGGAGAGCGUUUCAUCCGAGAGCGAGAGCGAAGAGGAAGCCGAGUACCACCCGAACAUCCCCAUCGCUCGAAUCCCGGAGGAGAAGGAGGAGGAUGAAGAGCAGCAUCAGCAGCAGCAGGAGGAGGAGGAGAAGAAGAAGGAGGAAGAGGAGGAUGUUUCAGCUCCGGACGCUCCUUCGAUUCCCGCCGAGGAAGAAACCGGCCGAGCCGAAGACGACGACAAGAAGAACGAGACGGAGGAGAGCACCGACGACCCCAUGGUGACGCCCGACGAAGCUCCCAACGGCGUCGUCCCGCCCCAAGAAGAGGGCGUGGCCGCUCCGGCACAGGAAGAGGAGGAGCCUAAAAUGAACGGAGAAGCCUCAUUGGCGGAAGCGGAGCCGCGGCCGCAGGUUAUUUGUUGCUCUGAGCCGCCGGUGGUAAAGACAGAAAUGGUGACUAUAUCAGACACGUUUGCGGCCCAGAAAACCGAGAUAGCGACAAAAGAAGUGCCCAUCGUGCAUACGGAAACCAAGACCAUCACAUACGAGGCCGCACAGCUGGAUGGUAAUGGUGAUGGGGAGCCUGGAGUGUUGAUGACUGCUCAGACAAUCACCUCCGAGUCUCUGUGUACCACAACAACCACACACAUCACAAAGACGCUAAAGGGCGGCCUGUCGGAGACGAGGAUCGAAAAGCGCAUCGUCAUCACCGGCGACUGCGACAUCGACCACGAUCAGGCACUGGCCCAGGCCAUUAAGGAGGCCAAAGAGCAACAUCCUGACAUGUCUGUCACCAGAGUGGUGGUUCAUAAAGAAACUGAGCUGGCUGAGGAGGAGGAUUGACUGAACUCAGAGCUGAAGCCCACUGUGACUGUUUCCUGUUGACUGAACUCCAUCAUCCUGCGACGACCGACCGACCGACCGACCGACUGACGAGGAGGAGAAUGGGAGGAGCUAAACGGAAGUUAGCGUCUCCUUCCUCCCGCCGGGUUUUUUUUUCUUUCUGUGGUGCGAUCCGAAUCCCUCACCGCGAAAAAGAAACCAAGAAAAAAAGAAAAAUAAUGUCCUCGCUCUUUCCGACGGGGAGCAAAAAAGAACCACUUUGUUAGCUUAACAUUUGUAGCUCGUUUUUAUUUUUUAUUAGUGCUUUUUUUUUUUUUUUUCUUUUAACUGUUUUACAGAAAAUUAAGAGAGAAGCUAGUCUGUCAUGUUUUGCAGCGAUGAAACGAGGAACGCACCAAAUCCUGAUCGGAUUCGAGGCUAAAACGACAUUUUUUAAAAUCCUUUUAUUGAUGAUUUCACCAGAAACAGCAAAUAAAGAGAAACUUUUAUCUGAUUGUUUUUAAUCAAAUCAAACGAGUCUGUUUCAGCGGUUUUGGUGCGUUCCUCUUUUAAAAAGGUUGAUUUGUUAAAUUACAGCUCCCAUCUCACUUCAUCCAGUAAGCGUGUAAAUGGAGAGUAAUAAUAUAAUAUAUCUCAGUUUAAAUAAGAGAACACAGAUAAACGGUAGACUUAUCACCUUUUUAUUUUAUUUUACUAAUCAUUGCAGAUACAUGGGAGCUGUAACUUAAAAUAUUUCAGUUAAAAAAAAACAAAAAAACAUCCAGGUUUUUGAAUUUUUAUGUUUUUUUCUCUCUCCUGUGAUUAUAGCUACGAUUCAUCCACAUUCCUUGUGUGUGACUAGCGGCAGAGAAAAGUCGUUUUCAGCUCAGUCGACUCGAAUCAAUCGGCUUUUUAACAUUUACAAACGGUUUGAUGUUACAAGCAGGUGAUGAUUUUAAUCCGUUUUUUUUAACUAAAUUUAAACGAGAUCGAGCUGAAAACGGCUUUAAAGCUGCAGCUCUGUACAGUACAACCAGGUCGUUAGAUGGGAGAGGCUCUCAUUGGCCGAUCGCCUCCCGGGGCCCGCCCACUUUACGACACUAACCAGUCCUAUUGGGCCGCUGGGGGGGAGGGGCACGUGGAGGCUUUCUGAUUGGGAGAGAGGACCAGGAAGCUGGACAGGCGAUUGGGAGAGCGCCAGCUGACAACUUUGGGAGUGAAGAAGAGUUCAGGCGUCGAUGCGAGUCGGCCUGCCGUCGUUGUUUUGCAUCCUGCGGUGAGGCGUGUUGUUCUGAAGCUUGAAGCAGAAUCAGUCCAGCAGCAGAUGAAGCUCUUUAGGAGAAGCUACCAAAACCACAACUUGAACCCGUUUCUGGGAGUUUGCUUGAGCUGGGUUUUCUCACACCGCUCAUCCGGAGCGGCGCCGCGGUGUUGGUUGGUUUGAGAGUGUGUAGGUGACGGAUCAUCUCGUCUAGGUGAGCUUUUUACUUCCUGUUUUCAACCAAACAUCCUGCUGCUUCGCCAAACCCUCGGUGAAGGCAGCAGCUCAAAGGGACUCGCGUCGAAGGCUCUGAAGUGCUCUGGAGACCCCCUGAGAAGGAGCCUCGUCCUGUUUUAGUCGUCGGCGUGUCGGAACAAGACGCAUUAUGAACAGAUCAUCUGCAGAAAUGUAAGCAAAGAAGUGCCACAGAAAACUGAAACAUCGAUGAGUUUCUCCCAGCAGACCUCCUCAGAGUCUGAUGGUUCUUCAUCUGCAGCAACUUCAGUUCAUCUAGAGAAGACACGCAAAGUUCUACCUUCAUGCUGUGAACAUCUUCAGAGCUUCAAGCCUUUAAAGUUUGAAACUGUGCAUUUGUUUUCCAUCAUUUCUGAGCCUCAGACCUUCAUCAGUGCAGCAGACAGACAUGUGACAUGUUCAGGGUUUGAGUUCUGGUAGAACCUGACACCAGAUCAGUUCUACAUCCAUCCAGGUGUCUCAGUCCAGGCAGUGAGUCUGGACUUUGUUUGACCCUGGAUGUGGUUCUGGUUCUGAUCAUUCACCAGAGGAAACUCUACAGAGUGCAUUCUGGGUAAACUGUCCAGGCUCAUAUCAGCAUGUGUGAUGGUGGUUGGUCAGAACCAGUUCUAGACCAUGGAAGGAUCAUUUUACCUCCAGAAGAUACCAGCUGAUCAUCUUCUAGACACGAAUCCUUUUCUGAGAGCCGCUGGAAGUCAUUUUGGGGGAAGCUCUGGUCAUUCUGGACAGUUUUAGAGUCACUUUGGGGAAGUUUUGAGUCCUUUUAGACUUUUUUUUUUUGGACAGAAGACACGUUUAUGGAGACUUUUCCAGACCUUUUGGACACGUUUUGAACACUUUUGGGCACAUUUAGGGUGAUUCUGGACGGGGGAACUCAUUUCAAAGCUCAUAUAACAAGUUCUAGACAAUGAAAGGAUCAUUUUUACACACAUUUAAUAGCAUCUGAUCAUCUAGUCGACACCAUUCACUGUGUGGUGAAGUAAUGUUCUGUGAUGGGAAUGUUUUGUGCACUUUGUUAUGUAUGAUUGGGGUUAAUUAUGAGAAAACACAUCCAGGGUACCAGCGUUUCUCUCUACGACUCAGUGUCAUAGACUUAAUUGGGCUCAACAAAGACCAGAGUUAGAACUGAUCUGGUGUCAGGUUCUACCAGAACUCCAAACCCUAAAGUGUCGUGUAUCUGCUGCACUGAUGAAGUUCUGGGGCUCAGAAAUGAUGGGAAAAAAAAUGCUAAAGUUUGUACUUUGAGAGCCUGAAACAGAAAAUAUUCCCAGUAUGAAGAUAAAACUUUCCAUGAAAUCAUGAAACACACUGAAGCUACUGCAGGUUUUUACACAUCAGCUGAUUUGAAGUUGCUCAAGUUUAUUCAGAUUUUAUAUGAAAAAAACCCCCAAAAAUCCAAACAUUCCACCUGGACUGUAGUCGCCGCUCCACUGGACGCUUCUUAUUUUAGCCGAUGGUCCGUCGUGCUGCUCCUGAAGCGUCGCGGCGGUUUUAGCAGACGGAGGGUUUAAACAGAAAAGCCUGUUUUCAUGGUCUGAGCUCUACUAUGCAGUUAAAAACAUUCCACGAGGGGGAAGCUUUAACCUCGGACCCUCUUUGACGACAAACGCAGCAGCAGCAGAAGAAGAAAAAAGCAUUUUAAAACUCUAGGCAGCUUCGGAGGCUUUCGCUGUUCCAAAAAAACCAGAACCGUGUAACGCGACGGCGACUGUGUUUGUAGAUGUUCUCGUCUUUUCUCUGUGAUCUCGUUGGACGGUGGGACGUCUCGUACCUCCCCCUCUCUCCUCUCUCUCUCUGUUUAGUGCAUAUCUGUAAAACGUGUUUUUGGACUCCAACAUCACUACGAAUCGAAAUCUGCCACCGCUUUCCUCGUCGUUUUUUUUUUUUUUUUUGUACUCCUAGCCCCCUCUGUUCUCGUUAACCGACGGCAGGAGCGCCGGAGCUGCCGGGUCGGGUUUCUACUAAAGAAAAAAGAGAAAAAACUAGAAGAUUUUUACCCCUAAAAGACAAAUGUCCUGCCAGUUUUCAACGCCAGCUGAUUUUAAACGGCCGUCAGGGACUCGACUUUGUAGCAUUAACGCGACCUCAGGCUCUGAAACCAGCACAGUUUUUCUAUUUCCUCAAACACAAGUCGAAAUUUUCACCGUGUUUCAGUAGAAACCCGACCGGCGGCGGCGCUUCCUGUCCGCUAACAGCGAUCACUGGUAGAUGUUAUCUGUCUAGAAGCUUCUGGUGUUGUGUCUCCCCACAGACACUCCUCCCCUGUGUAACACUGUUGAAUAAAGGAUUGUUAUACUCUGA